AGAAGAAAUGUAAGAGCCAGGUCUACUGCACCAACAAAGGAAAACUGAACAUACAAACCACAAGGUGGAAGCAGGUGGUGACAGUCUUCACCAGAGUCUGACUUAGGAUCUUUGUACGCAGAUCGAGAUCUUCGAAAGGUCGUACUUCACCGGCAGAUCGAGGGUCAUCACCGCCAACAUGAAAGAUUUCAUGACCCGACUGGACAAGCAUCAGAGUGCCUUCAUGUACACGACGGGGUCCCUCAAAGUACACGGAGGAAUCUGGGUGGGCUAUGAGAAGGAGGGCUUCAGGGGGAACCAGUACUUGCUGGAGGAGGGCGAGUACCACGACUGGAGGGUGUGGGGAGGCUCCAACCCCGAGCUGCGCUCCGUUAGGGUCAUACAAGCUGACCUGAGCGAGCCCUUAAUGGUGAUGUUCGAGCAGCCGGAGGAAGAGCAGGGUGCCGGCGAGCAGGAGGAGAACACCUUCGAGGUGACGGAGGCCAUCCCGGACGUGGAGCUGUUUGGCUACAAGUCCAACACCCGUUCCAUCCAAGUCUACAGCGGGGCGUGGGUGGCCUACUCCCAUGUGGACUUCUCCGGUAGCCAGUACAUCCUGGAGAAAGGCUUCUAUAGUAAUUCUGCCGACUGGGGUUCUCCGGACACUCGCAUCUGCUCCGUGCAGCCAAUUCAGCUGGCUCCAACUGAUGGUAACAGGACCAGGAAAGAGAUACUAUUGUACUCCGAGCCGGACUACAAGGGCGACUGUCUUAUCUUCAGCUACAAACAGGAUGCGGAAACGGAAAACUUCCAGACCAAGUCGUGCAGAGUGGUGGGAGGGAGCUGGGUUGUGUAUGAGAAUAAAGACUACAGCGGGGUCAUGUAUGUCCUAUCAGAAGGGGGCUACACCUCGUUAGCGAGCAUGGGCUGCACGUCCAGCACCUUCAUCCGCUCCGUCAAGGCCGUGCCAAUGACCUUCUCAGUCCCCUCCAUCUCGCUGUUUGGCCUGGAGGGUCUGGAGGGGAGGGAGAUCUCCACAGACUCGGAGCUCCUCAGCAUGGUGGGAGAAGGCUUCAAUGAUCACAUCCUGUCCGUCAGAGUCAACAGUGGCUGGUGGGUGCUAUGUGAGUUCAGCAACUAUAGGGGGCGUCAAUUCCUCUUGGAACCGAUCGAAAUUACCAACUGGCCCAAGUUCAGCUCCCUGCAGACCGUGGGCUCCAUGUAUCCUGUCAAACAGAAGCGGCAGUUUUUCCACAUCAAAAAUGUGGACAGCGGCCACUUCAUGUCCAUCCAGGGAGGCGUGGAGGAGAUGAAAUCUGGACGGGUGGUGGUCUUGCCGGAAGCGGAGCCCAUGAGUGACAUCUGGUUCUAUCAGGAUGGAUUCAUCAAAAAUAAGAUGUCCUCAGUAAUGAGCCUCCAGGUGAUAGGCACGAUUGAACAAGGAGCCAAGUUGGUUUUAUGGAACGAUACACGGCAGCGACCUCAGACCUGGGUGGCCCAAAUGAGAGGCCCCAUCACCAGCAUCACUUUCCCUGGCAUGGUCAUGGAUGUUAAAGGUACGGCAAGAAACACAAAUGUUUACUUCAUACUGGGGCUAUCAAAAUGAACGUGUUAAUCACAG